UAAAAUCGACUCAUUCCCAUCUCUAUGAAUUAUUUAUUAUCUCCGACAUUUCGCACAAAAAAACCAAAACAAAGACCAGCCACGGCCAGAGAUUAGCAACCAGAGACCAGCUCCCGAUCAGAACACUCGGCCCCUCAAGAUGGCAACGGCUGCCCGACCUCCCUCGCUGCGCCUGGGGCAGCAGGACCUGAAGUGCCGCACUGGCUGCGGAUUCUACGGGACUCCCCAGAACGACGGCCUCUGUUCGAUGUGCUUCCGAGAAAAGUUCAACGAUAAGCAACGGAAGCUGAGGCAGAAGGCUGGCGAAACAGCAGGCCUGGCUCCCGGCCACGCCCCUGGCUUCACAGAUCGAAGAUCCCCACAGCAUGGUCACCACGGUCAGGGGCGAGGGGAGCAGCAGCCAAGAAAACAGGAAGCAGCAGAAACCUCAGGCACCCUGCAAAAGAAGAAAUUCACGACCGUUUUGCAAAAAACUCUACAGGCGGGAGCUCAGAAAAUCACCCAGCAGCGCAGCCAUGUGCCCGAUCCCACAGAGGGUCAGUUCCUGCUGCAGCUGCGCCAGCUUCGCAUUCCCGACGACGGCAAACGCAAGCUUAAACUGGAGAUCCAGCGCUUGGACAGCGAAAUACGCAAGUAUAUCAACGGUAACAGCGCCAAGAAUGUGGAUGAGCUCUCGGACGCCGUGCAGAAUGCCUACACCAAGGUCUCAGACAUCGUACACAAUGAUCCCAGCUUUGAGAUUGCCACCAACGAGGAUCGUGAUAGUGCCAUUGACUUCUUUGAGAAGGUGGUGAUGACGCAGAACCACAAAUUCCUCUUCAGUCCGUACUUCACCGAGGAUGAGGACAGCGAUGUGAAGGUUCAGAAGCGCAUACGCCAGCUGAGCUGGAUAACGGCCAAGCAUCUGGACUGCAGCAUCGACGAGGUCAAUGCGGAGGCCCGGGAUCUGGUGUACAAUGCCAUAUCGGAGCUGGUCGGCAUCGAUUCGUAUUACUCGCCCCAGGAGAAACUCCAGUGCACCGUUCGCUGCUGCCGGCACAUCUUCGAGCUGCUGAAGCGGGCAACUGGAGGUCCGGCCAGUGCCGAUGACUUCCUGCCCGCAUUGAUCUUUGUGGUGCUUAAGGCCAAUCCCGUGCGCCUGCACAGCAACAUCAAUUUCGUGACGCGCUUCACGAACGCCUCGCGGGUGAUGAGCGGCGAGGGCGGCUACUAUUUCACCAAUCUCUGCUCGGCCAUUGCCUUCAUCGAGAAUCUGAAUGGCGAGAGUCUGGGCAUCAGCAGUGAGGAGUUCGGGGCAUUGAUGUCCGGCCAGCAACCAUACAGCACGCCGUGGGAAAGCGCUCUUUUGGCCUGCGAGAGCCUGCACCUGAUAUCGGAGAACAUGAAGCGCAUGGAGGGGCUGCAGAAGAGGAACGCCCUAAUAAGCUCUGGCAUCGCUUCCUUCGAGAAGGAGCUAAUCGAGUUCCAAAGGGAGGUGACCGAACGGGUGGACACGGUGAUAGCCAAGGCGCCGCUUAACCUGCUGCCCAUCAAAACGCCCGCCUUUCUCAUCGGACAAGCGCGAGCCCAUCUCCUCAGCGACAACGAGGCGGGCCAUUAUCAAGCCAAUGUGCUGAGUGGCGGCGGCGGUUCAUUGACCACCCAAUCUUUGACAGCGGCUACCAGCUUGGCAAAGCCCUCAGUAGCUCCUGAAGACUCUGGCCUAUCCCUGAAAGACACCAGCAUUGGGUCCAUGGGCCGUCUGUCCCCGUUGCAACAGAAUCUGCAGCCAGCCGACCAUCUCUUUGCAUCACCCAUGUUCAAUUAUGCCGCCUUUGAUGCCGUGUCCCUGUUGGAGGACCCUGUGACGACAGAAGGCAACGACGGAGAUGUAAUGAUGCUGGGCUCCGAGUUCCAAGGCGGCCUGACCAACAUCAACUACGACUUUGACUUGUCGGAUCAGAGUGGAGAGAACAGCACUGCGGACGAGUCCAAGCUGAAUCUCGACGAAUUCGAUCCCUUGGUGCAAAAGAGCAGCCCCAUUGCCCAGAAGCCUCCGGCACUCCCUGAAACGCCUACUCUGCUGGACAGCACCACGGAUAGCUUGAUAGACAGCGAAGUGCCGGGCACAGCUGUCCUGCUACCGUCACCGCUGAAGCCCGAGGUGGCCAACUAUCGGGGUUUCUCCAACUUUGAUAUUCCCAGCAUAUCCUGCAACACGGGUGACUUUAGUUCGCUGGGCCACGAGGGUGUCGAGGAGCCCAAAUAAUUGAUGGAUUAAUAUGUUCCCUUCUGGUCCCUGAUUCCUCCCUGCACGUACAACUUUUGUAAAUAGAGAUAAAUAAUAUAAAUCUUGUAGUUAGCCCGACGCUUCAAAUCUAACACUUUCACAUAUUUAUUUAACUUUAGCUUUAUAGAAAGGACGUUUAAUAAAUUAAAUUGAAAAUCAAA